AGGGGAAGGAGGUUGCCUUAAUGUAUAACUGCAGGGUCCAGUCCUUAGUUUUCCCCAGCUGUCUGUCCCUGAGGCCUGGCCCUGCUUCUCCCUGAUCGCUUCCUGGCCCUGGGAUGGCAGCUGGCCUGCAGGCAGGGCUGCUCUUGGCCCUGCUCCUGAACUUGGCCCAGGGUGAGCCCUACACACCCAUCCACAAGCCUGGCUACUGCACCUCUUAUGACGAGUGUGGGAAGAAUCCAAAUCUGUCUGGGGGCCUCACAUCACUGUCCAAUGUAUCCUGCCUGUCUAAUACGCCGGCCCGCCACGUCAUAGGUGACCAUCUGGCCCUCCUCCAGCGCAUCUGUCCCCUCCUGUACAAUGGCACCAGCACCACCUACGCCUGUUGCUCCCCUAGGCAGCUAGUGUCGUUAGAGAGGAGCAUGUCUAUCACCAAGGCCCUCCUCACCCGCUGCCCGGCCUGCUCUGACAAUUUUGUGAGCCUGCACUGCCACAACACCUGCAGCCCUGACCAGAGCCUCUUCAUCAAUGUCACCCGCGUGGCUAUGCGGGAAACCGGACAGCUUCCUGCUGUGGUGGCCUACGAGGCCUUUUACAAGCGCAGCUUCGCAGAGAAGGCCUAUGAGUCCUGCAGCCGGGUGCGUAUUCCCGCAGCCGCCUCACUGGCCGUGGGCAGCAUGUGUGGAGUGUACGGCUCUGCCCUCUGCAAUGCCCAGCGCUGGCUCAACUUCCAAGGGGACACAGGGAAUGGCCUGGCUCCGAUCGACAUCACCUUCCACCUCUUGGAGCCUGACCAGGCCCCGGCAGACGGGAUGCAGCCUCUGAAUGGGAAGAUCGCGCCCUGCAACGAGUCCCAGGGCGACAACUUGGCAGCCUGUUCCUGCCAGGACUGCGCAGCAUCCUGCCCUGUCAUUCCUCGGCCCCCAGCCCUGCGACCUUCCUUCUACAUGGGUAGCAUGCCAGGCUGGCUGGCCCUCAUCAUCAUUUUCACUUCUGUCUUUGUAUUGUUCACUGCUAUCCUCGUGCGUCUCCGAGUGGUUUCCGACAGGAAGAAGGGCAAGACAACAGGCCUGCAGGAAGCCCCCAACCUCCCUUAUAAUCGCAAAUUCUCACCUCACACUGUCCUUGGCCAGUUCUUCCAGAGAUGGGGCACAAGGGUGGCCUCGUGGCCACUCACCGUCUUGACACUGUCCUUGAUAGUUGUUAUAGCCUUGUCAGUAGGUCUGAUCUUUAUAGAACUCACCACUGACCCUGUGGAACUCUGGUCGGCCCCCAAAAGCAAAGCCCGGAAAGAGAAGGCCUUCCAAGAUGAGCAUUUUGGCCCCUUCUUCCGAACCACCCAGAUUUUUGUGACAGCUCGGAACAGGUCCAGCUACCAUUACAACUCCCUACUGCUAGGGCCCAAGAACUUCAGCGGGAUCCUGUCCCUGGAUCUGCUGCUGGAGCUGCUGGAGCUGCAAGAAAGGCUUCGACACCUGCAGGUGUGGUCCCCCGAGGCACAGCGCAACAUCUCCCUGCAGGAUAUCUGCUAUGCGCCCCUCAAACCGCACAACACCAGCCUCUCCGACUGCUGUGUCAACAGCCUCCUUCAGUACUUCCAGAACAACCGCACGCUCCUGCUGCUCACGGCCAACCAGACACUGAGUGGUCAGACUGCCCUGGUAGACUGGAAGGACCAUUUCCUCUACUGUGCAAAUGCCCCUCUCACGUUCAAAGAUGGCACGGCCCUGGCCCUGAGCUGCAUGGCUGACUAUGGGGCCCCGGUCUUCCCCUUUCUUGCUGUUGGGGGGUACCAAGGGACGGACUACUCCGAGGCAGAGGCGAUGAUCAUAACCUUCUCUCUCAAUAACUACCCUGCUAAUGAUCCCCGCAUGGCCCAGGCCAAGCUCUGGGAGGAGGCUUUCUUGAAGGAAAUGGAAGCCUUCCAGAAGAGCACAGUUGACAAGUUCAAUGUUGCAUUCUCAGCUGAGCGCUCUCUGGAGGAUGAGAUCAACCGUACCACCAUCCAGGACCUGCCUGUCUUUGCCAUCAGCUACAUUAUCGUCUUCCUGUACAUCUCCCUGGCCCUGGGCAGCUACUCCAGAUGGAGCCGAGUAUUGGUGGAUUCCAAGGCUACUCUGGGCCUAGGUGGGGUGGCUGUUGUGCUGGGAGCAGUCGUGGCUUCCAUGGGCUUCUACUCCUACCUGGGUGUUCCGUCCUCUCUGGUUAUCAUCCAAGUGGUACCUUUCCUGGUGCUGGCCGUGGGAGCUGACAACAUCUUCAUCUUUGUUCUUGAGUACCAGAGGCUGCCUAGGCUGCCUGAGGAGAAGCGAGAGGCCCACAUUGGCCGUGCCCUGGGCAGUGUGGCCCCCAGCAUGCUCCUGUGCAGCCUCUCCGAGGCCAUCUGCUUCUUUCUGGGGGCCCUGAACUCCAUGCCUGCUGUGCGGACCUUUGCCUUGACCUCUGGCCUUGCCAUCAUCCUCGACUUCCUGCUCCAGAUGACCGCCUUUGUGGCACUGCUUUCUCUGGAUAGCAAGAGGCAGGAGGCCUCUCGCCCUGACAUCUUAUGCUGCCUUUCAUGCCGGAAGCUGCCCCCACCUGAACAAAAAGAGGGGCUCUUACUCCGCUUCUUCCGAAAGAUAUACACUCCCUUCCUGCUGCACAGGUUCAUCCGCCCUGUUGUGUUGCUGCUGUUUCUGGCCCUGUUUGGAGCAAAUCUCUACUUCAUGUGCCACAUCAGCGUAGGGCUGGACCAGGAGCUGGCUCUGCCCAAGGACUCGUACCUGAUCGAUUACUUCCUGUUUCUGAACCGCUACUUUGAAGUGGGGCCUCCGGUGUACUUUGUCACCACCUCGGGCUACAACUUCUCCAGCGAGGCAGGCAUGAACGCAAUUUGCUCUAGUGCAGGCUGUAACAGCUUCUCCCUAACCCAGAAGAUCCAGUACGCCAGCGAAUUCCCUGAACAGUCUUAUCUGGCUAUUGCUGCGUCCUCUUGGGUAGAUGAUUUCAUUGACUGGCUGACCUCAUCCUCCUGCUGCCGCCUUUAUCACUCUGGCCCCCAUAAGGAUGAGUUCUGUCCCUCAACUCAUAUUUCCUUGAACUGUUUAAAAAAGUGCAUAGACCUGGGCUCCGGGAGGCCCACAGCAGAACAAUUUCACAAGUACCUGCCAUGGUUCCUGAAUGAUCCACCCAACAUCAAAUGUCCCAAAGGGGGUCUAGCAGCGUAUAGAACCGCUGUGAAUUUGAGCUCCGAUGGCCAGGUUAUAGCCUCCCAGUUCAUGGCCUACCACAAGCCCCUGAGGAAUUCACAGGACUUCACAGAAGCUCUCCGGGCAUCCCGGCUGCUAGCAGCCAACAUCACAGCUGAACUACGGAAGGUGCCUGGGACAGACCCAGACUUUGAGGUCUUCCCCUACACGAUCUCCAACGUGUUCUACCAGCAAUACCUGACCGUCCUCCCUGAGGGGAUCUUCACACUCGCCCUCUGCUUUGUGCCCACCUUUGUUGUCUGCUACCUCCUACUGGGCCUGGACAUUCGCUCAGGCAUCCUCAACCUGCUCUCCAUCAUUAUGAUCCUCGUGGACACCAUCGGCCUCAUGGCUGUGUGGGGUAUCAGCUACAAUGCUGUGUCCCUCAUCAACCUUGUCACGGCAGUGGGCAUGUCUGUGGAGUUUGUGUCCCACAUCACUCGGUCCUUUGCUAUAAGCACCAAGCCCACCCGGCUGGAGAGGGUCAAGGAUGCUACCAUCACCAUGGGCAGUGCGGUGUUUGCUGGAGUGGCCAUGACCAACUUCCCAGGCAUCCUCAUCCUGGGCUUUGCCCAGGCCCAGCUUAUUCAGAUCUUCUUCUUCCGCCUCAACCUCCUCAUCACCUUGCUGGGCCUGCUGCAUGGCCUGGUCUUUCUGCCCGUCGUCCUCAGCUAUCUGGGGCCUGACGUUAACCAAGCUCUGGUACUGGAGGAGAAACUAGCCACAGAGGGAGCAACACCUGUAGAGCCUUCUUGCCCAAAGUCCCCCUUCCCUGCCGAUGGAAACAGCUAUGAAAACACCUAUGACUAUGUUAACCCCAGCUUUGUUGAAUGUACCCCUGGAGCUAGUGCUGCUAGCAGCUCUUUGCCCAAAUAUGACCAAAAGUUCUAACGGAGUAAGAGCUCAUCCAGGCUCCAUGGCUCUUGCUGAUGAGGGGCCACCAGGGGCUUCCCUCUGGUUGUCCUCAAGGCCUGGGGGAGGUUGUUCUAGAAAAAUGGCCAGCACUCUGGCUAUGAGGCAGCCAGCAGCAUUGGCAAUGGCCGCUUUGCUCCCAUUACCAGGUUUCUAAUGCCUUGGUCAGUGUGAGACUACCUUCUCCUUCUGCCCAGGGUUCUGGAAUUGCUAAGAACACAUUUGUCUCAGGCUCAGCCAUAGUAUAUAUUUCUCACUCAGCUUUUCCUUCCCUUGUCAAAAAUAUUCCCAGGGGCUGGAGAGAUGGUUCAGAGAUGUUGUUCUCAGCGAGGACCCGGGUUCAGUUCCCAGAAACUACGUAGUAGUUCAUAACCAUCUACAAUUCCAGUUUCAGGGGUUUAACACCCUCUUCUGACCUUCACAGGCACCAGACAUGUAUGUGGUACACAUAUGCAUGUGCAGGCAAAGGGAUUAUACACAGGAAGGAAACAAAUAAAUCUAAAAAAGAAAAAUAUCUCCAGAGCCACAGUGGGUGAAGGUGAUUGCCAGAAAACUCCGUGACCUGAGUUUGAUCCCUGGAUCUCACAUGAUGGAAGGACAGAACCAACUCUUUCAAGUGCUACACACACACACACACACACACACACACACACACACACACACACAAAUAAAUAAAUAAACAAACAAAAUAUGAAAAUUAAUAAAAUCUCAAUUCUAGGAUGAGGUCACAGCUUAGUGCUAGAGCAUGGUAGCCUCACAAAUGAGUUGCUACCUUCAGUCCUCAGCACUGAAAAUGGCAGAGAAAGAGAGUCCCAGCCUUGUCCCUAACAUGUUACUGCUUCCAGUGACAUUAACUGCCUUUGUUCACCAGUGCCCCUGUGACAUAAAAAAAAAAAAAAUCCCCAUUCUAUGCCAGCAAGUCUUUUAACAUUCACCAGCACCCUGAGAACAGAGAGUGAGCCCACCCUGGGCGGUGACAUUGUAGGACAUCUUCCUGUGGGAGGUUUUCACAGUACUCAUCUGGAAGAUGGCAUUCAGUUUGGCCUCCAGUUUCAGCAAGUAUUAAGCCCGAGGCCAGCUGUGUGUCUGUCUGAAGGCUGACAGCUUCUGGGCUGGGCAGGUUUUCUGGCAUAGGUCUUGUGGCUUGGAGCCCAGGCCCAUUGGCUUCAGAUCUGCCUGGUCUGAUCCUGGUGCAUCGGUUGCAGCAGAGACCAAGGAAAUACCUUGUUCUUUGGGAAGAACAGAGUGCUUAAUAAAUAUUUGUUGAAUAGAAA